CUUCCAAUUUGGACUGGAUUCCAAAAGAGGCUCCGAGCGCAUCUUUCUAUUGAAUAUACUAGUAUCUUCUCUCCUGAUAUCUCUAAAUAAUAAUGAACGAGACUGAGGAAUGGCGCCAGCCCGCUGCUUCCAGCCCUACCGCUGGUGGCGUGAAGAUCGCAGGGCUCUGGAAGCGCUCGCAGGGUCUCCACCGAUUCACCAGACCUAAUUUCAAGCAUAGAGUAUUCAUACUAACCGACCAGACACUCUCUUAUUAUUCUGGAACCCUAGACAAGAUAGGCCAUAUCAAAGGACGUAUACCCAUUGAGUCAGUGAAGGCUAUCGAGUAUGUGGAGCAAGGAGCACUUGGGCUGGCACAUACACUACAGGUCAUUUAUCAAUCAAAGAAACACGGACACGUCACACUCUACAUAACAGGAAGAGACUUGGAGGAGUGCACCGAAUGGAUAUCAGCCAUCAGACAAGCUUGCUAUUUCAAUCAAGAGAUGCUGAUGCACUAUCAUCCCGGUGCUUUUACUAAAAACGGUUGGUCCUGCUGCAAGCAGAGACACAAGCCUACUCUUGGCUGUCAGCCCACUUACUACCUCCUCACCCGUAGUUCCUCUCGGUAUGCUCAGAUGAGACGUGCUCAGCGCUCUCAAAAUGGCAGCCCUCAUCCUUACUCCUCUCCUCACCAAAGACACAGCACUAUUCCUAAUAACGACACUAGCCCUCUUCCAGGCUCACACACGACCACCAGGAGCACUAGUUGCGAUAACCUACACAUCAUUAAUCACUCCUACACUCACCUCCCCGAGGCUCCCAUUGCCGCUAGUUGCUACACUCUGACGACAGUAGCUGAUACUCCGUCACGCCCCAGUCAACCAACACAGCAGCAGCAAGAGCCCGUGUCUGCUCCAUUAAAAAGGAAAGCACUCCCGGUCUCUUUUCAGCCAAUAGACGAAGGUCAAUGCUACGGGUCGCUGGAUAGACGGUCGAAGCGUCAUUCUCCCCGUCACCACCAGAUUGGCCCUAUCCCACAGUCCCCUCUUACUGUUGUCUCACACCAGGGCAUUGAUUAUACUAACGAAGCUGCUACCCCAUCCCCAAUGACUAAGACAAUGCUCUACAUUGGCGAGUCAAGGUGUAGCUCUACUUCAGGUGACGGAUUGUUUGAGUACGACUUUAGAUCGCUCCCAAGGAAGACCUCAAUAGAGCCUCGAAUCUCCAACACUGACCCUGAGGUCAUACACGUGUAGUAGAUGAGGUACAGGGAAGAUGAGCAACACUCUCUCGUAUUAUAUUGUUAUCUAGUUAUCAUUUUAUGCUAGCCCUGAGACUAUUAUCAUCAUUAAAAUGAACAGAAUGUAUAUUAUCCCAUUGCAAUCCUGUACUGGUAGACCCGAUUGUGUUCAGUUAUGUUUAUCACUCAUCCUUUAUUGUGUUAUUUAGUGUUGCUGUUGCUCUUAAAAAUACCACUUUGUGUGUGUGUGUGUGUGUGUGUGUUUAUUCAUGUAUUAUUAUAUUCAUUGCAUAUCAUCUCUCAUUUUAUUGUGAUUCCUUAAUCUCUUUUGUCAUUAUUAUUAUCCUAAUCAGAUGUUGACUAUACUAUUUAAUCUUUAAUAAAAAUAUUAAAUGGAAA